UGGUGGUGAAAUGCAGCGCGCCGCCACGACCUUUGGCGCUAAGCUGUGUCGUCACCGUGAGGGCGGGACUUCCUCUUCGGGACCCUAUCAUUUCCGACGUCUUCCGGAAGUUGCUGGGGUGCUCAGUACCGGGCGGUUUACUCUGCGUUGCUGGGCUCCCUGCUAUUCCACCGUAGGCAACUCCGGGGCUCCGCCACCGCGCCACCCCCCAAAGUCACGUCGGGAAUCCCGUCGCCCUCGGCUCUCGUCUCUGGCGCGGUCGCCCGCCUUGUUUCCCCGCCGAGCUUUCCUGCUGCGCACGGGGCCAUGGCGGGGGCCGCUCGGACCCCGGCCUUUGGACAGGCUGUGAUCGGCCCGCCGGGCUCGGGAAAGACCACAUACUGCCUGGGCAUGAGCGAGUUCCUGCGCGCGAUGGGCCGGCGCGUGGCGGUAGUGAACUUGGACCCGGCCAACGAGGGGCUGCCGUACGAGUGCGCCGUGGACGUGAGCGAGCUGGUGGGUUUGGGCGACGUGAUGGACGCGCUGCGGCUGGGGCCCAACGGCGGCCUGCUGUACUGCAUGGAGUACCUGGAGGCCAAUCUGGACUGGCUGCGGGCCAAGCUUGACCCCCUCCGUGGCCAUUACUUCCUCUUCGACUGCCCAGGCCAAGUGGAGCUCUGCACGCACCAUGGCUCCUUGCGCAGCAUCUUCUCCCAGAUGGCCCAGUGGGACCUCAGGCUGACUGCUGUCCAUCUGGUAGAUUCUCACUACUGCACAGACCCCGCCAAGUUCAUUUCAGUGCUAUGUACCUCCCUGGCCACCAUGCUGCAUGUAGAGCUGCCCCACGUCAACCUCCUCUCCAAGAUGGACCUCAUUGAGCACUAUGGGAAGCUAGCCUUCAACCUGGACUACUACACAGAGGUCCUGGACCUCUCCUACUUGCUUGACCACCUGGCUUCUGACCCUUUCUUCCGCCACUAUCGUCAGCUCAAUGAGAAAUUGGUGCAGCUCAUUGAAGACUACAGCCUGGUCUCCUUCAUUCCUCUCAACAUCCAGGACAAGGAGAGUAUCCAGCGGGUUCUGCAGGCUGUGGAUAAAGCCAACGGCUACUGCUUCGGGGUCCAAGAGCAGCGAAGCCUGGAGGCCAUGAUGUCUGCUGCAAUGGGAGCUGACUUCCAUUUCUCCUCCACCCUGGGAAUCCAGGAGAAGUACCUGGCACCCUCAGACCAGUCAGUGGAGCAAGAAGCCAUGGACCUGUAACAACAGGCUGGGCUCUGGAGAACAAGACAUGUAACCCAGUUGCUGGGGAAAGCUGUAGCCCCAGUGAACAGUGGACAGCUCAGCAGGCUGCAGACCCAAGAACAGUCCUCCCAGCCAGAUGGAAGGCUGAUGAAGAGACACCCAGCCCUGCAAAGGACUUCUGACCAAAAGUCAGACGUGGUGCAAGAAGAGCACCCACCACAUCCUCGGUGCUCCUGAGCUCUGGGCACUGCCACCUGGCCCCACUUGGACUAUUGUGGAAUGUGAAUACAAGAGUUUAUUUUCUCCUACAUGUUGUGACUUUUAAGCUUUCUUCAACCAUCCAGGGAGCUGGGGUAGAAUGAGUGAAUGUCACUUUCUCUCAGAAGAGUUCUAUUUCUUCAUCUAGGGCAAUAUUUCCCCAAAGAACAGGAUAAUACGGAGGUUUAACACUUAUUCUCCAAUGGUGCACUCCAGUUUUAACUGAUCCUGAAGCUUGAGGUUUACAGGGGAUACUUCUUAGCUAGAUCUUUUUUUUUUUUUUUUUAGCUAGAUCUUAAUGUUUUAUUUUCACUGUAUUCAUUUCGCGGUUUUAUUCUAUUUUUGGCAAGUGCUAGCUAGUUUCCAUUUAUAGUAGUAAUUAAAAGUUUACUUUAAAAUGAAAUUAUUUAUACAAAAUGCAUUGUUUAAAGAAAAAUAUUAAGUAUAUAAUAUGGCAUGAGGGGGGUGGCAAAAAUUAAGGUGGUUUAAAGUUGGAAAUCCUGGUGAUACUGGAAAUACUUUCUUUGCUCUUCUUGCAACUGGUUGAGUGCAAUUUAUAUUGGCAACCAAUAGGUGGCACCCCAGGCUUAGUUUUGCAGUCUUAGUUUUGCAGUCGUAGCUUGCAGCACAAGAGGGACAGAUGGCAGUUGUGCCAGAAGUCUUAUUUGCAGAUACUUGGUCCUGUUAAUACACCGUGAAGGGCUUGGCAUUUUACAAAGUGCCUUCAUACACAUGGUCCUCAUGUGGUUCACACAGCAACUUCUAGAGGUACAAACAAGAUUGGGACUAUUACUAAGCCCCACUUUAUAUAAAGGAAACAGAUGUAUUUGAACUUCAGUCAGCCUAGCUCUCUCAUAGUUCACUUUGCUGACUUCUUAAUUGUGGAUACUAAUGGUGAAACAUUAUGGCCCAUAUCCCACAGGAUUUGAGACCAGUUGGAAGAAAGAAUUUCGACACCUGUAGAGUAUUACUGAGUCACAAAUCAAGAGGAAGAUAGGUCACUGGUGGUUUGGGCAGUUUAGGAAGAUCUAUUCAGAAAUAGCCUUGAGAUGGCGAUGACCGCUCUUGCUUUCCAGCUUUGACAGCCAGAGCAGAGUGAAGGGCUAUGAGGAGGCUCCUGUGGCUGGAACAGUAUGAAAGCAGCCAACCUCUGCUCCCACGCCCGGCCUUAUAGGGGAUAAUAAUUGGGUGCUGCUUCCCCAGCCUCUUUCAUCUGCAGAGUUCAAAGCACCUCAUUCCUAUUAAUACCCUGCACAGUAGGUAGAGAGUAUCAACAAAGCAAGCCAGGGAAACUGAGACCAGGAGUCCCAGCCUUCGGCUGGCUGUGAGUCACCUAUGGGGCCUGGAGCCCAGGAAUCCUGACGCCCUGGCCACUGAACAAAUCCUUCAUCAGAGAGUGAGGAUGCAUGCUCUGUUUUUGAAAAUAGUACCAAUUGCUGUGGUCAUGGGUGUUUCUUUUUUAAUAUAUUUUUAAUGAUUUCAGAGAGAGAAAAACAUCAAUGAGAGAAUCCUUGAUUGGCUGCCUCCUGCACGCCCCGACUGGGGAUCAAGCGCACAACCUGAAUAUGUGCCCCUGACCAGAAUCGAACCCGGGACCCUUCAGUCCACAGGCCGACACUUAAUUCAUUGUGCCAAACCAGCCAGGGCUGGUCAUGGGUUUUGAUGCUUACUCCAUCAUGGAGGCCACAGCCAUCACCAAAACAAACCAGUUGGAGAGAGGUGUCAUUAGAGCUUUAUGGGCUCGUAUCCAAGCACCAUGAGCAUUUAUUCUCUGCAGUCAUGGAGUAGACAUGGAUGGGAUAAUCCAAAACUUUACUUUCAGGCAUUGGUAUGACAGCAAGGAUGUUUUCUCUAAUAAACGUAUCUCUCCACCUCCCACUGAUAGCAGAAUGAUUUUCAUGUUGGGGAGGGUAUAGCACAGUGCCGAAAGGACUCUGGGUUCCAGGUGAGGUCUGUUCAUCAUGAAAUGUAUAGGGUAGGAGAAAGACUGUCCUCCAGUAUGGCUGGGAUAUGGCAACCGUCCUUAAGAUUCCUUUUUUUUUUUUAAUUUAAUUUCAUGAUAAAAAUAGCAAAGUGAAAAACUUGAAAAAUAAAAUUAGGCUCAUAAUCUCAUAACAAAUAAAAAUACAAUCUAUAAUAAAUUUUAUAUCGAAAUGUAUAUUUUGUUUAUUUUUCUAUACAUACCGAGGGAUAGUUAUAGCAUUUAUGUAAGUGAGAUAUGUUAUUGCUUUGUAACCUGCCUUUUUUAGUUGACACUUUUAUAUAAUUAAAAAUAUGAAGACCU